CUAGCAAAAAGAAAACUAUUCGCGCCCCCCCUCCCCACCGUGACUAUCCUAACUUGUCUUGUAAGUCGUAAAAUGUUGCACUGUCGCAAACGUGACAGAAGUAACAAUGAGAGCGCCACUGCCCCCUGCUGUAGUAAACGCGCAAUUACACUUUAUUCUAGUACUGCCAAAAAAAAAGCCUGUUCCCCAGGGUCACAUGCGCCCCCCCAGGAAUAGCACCGCGCCCCCCAAGGGGGGCGCGCCCCACUAUUUGAGAAGCACUGGCCUAGGUGACUGAUUCACAAUUUGGUUUUGUCUGAUAUCAGAGAUUAAAUAAAGAAAACCAACUGGCUGAUUGAUUUGUUUUAAUUGAGAGGAAAAAAAAACAGCAAAAGCAUUUCACCAAGGGGGGCGCGCCCCACUAUUUGAGAAGCACUGGACUAGGUUAAGGUUAGGAAACACUGGAUGAAGAGUGAUGUCAAUUCAUAAGGCGUCAUUCAUUUGCUUGCGGGUUUCUGGAUGAGAUGCUUGGCGGAGAUUCUGUAGAUCAGAUCCCCCGCCUCCCCCCACGAUUUCUCUCUCUCUGCUGGUCGUGGUGCUCCUCGGUCCAGGAGCAUUUAACGUUAGCGAAGAGCGCAAGGCUGUCAGAUCUCAGCUGUAGAACAGCAGAGCGGCAGGCGCCCCUCCCGUCAUUUCCUCCGCCUCGCCCCCUGGCUGUUAUGUCUAGUGGCAGCUCGAACUCUUCCUCGCGGAAGGAGUUCGAUGUCAAGCAGAUCCUCAGGAUCCGAUGGAGGUGGUUCGGUCACCCCGCGGUGCCUCCACCUCACUCUCCGCCGCUGAGAGACUAUUUAUCCGGGAGGAGAUCGGGCGGCCACUCGUCCCCCUCAGAGGGACCUUCUUCAUUUAGCGGUGGCGGCUCGAAUUCCGCCGGCGUCGGUAGUAGCCACGGCGGGCUCGUGACGAGCGGCAGCGCCGGAUCGAACCUUUGCAGCAGUAGAAAGUUUGUUGAAUCGUCAGGGAGUCGGGGCGGCUCGGGUGGAGCUGGCGCGACCGCGAACUCCUGCUCUCGAUCGGCGAGCCAGCCAGAGUGUAGAGGCUCCCCCGCGGCGUGGGCUUCUCCGCCGCCACGUCGCCGCUCUCGCCCGGUCUUGAACAUGGAGCCCUUCGGUGAGGCCCCGGUGCUGCAACUGGGAGCCGAGACCUCCGCUCGUGCAGGCGGAGACGGGGAGGCAGCGGGGGCAGCGGCGAGCACCGAGGAUAACAACAACCACCCGGAUACUGACUCCAGCUCUUGCAGGACGUCCAACAGCACUGUCACGCUGUCUUCAUGUAUGUCGAUGGAGCCGUGCGCGUGUCCGGAGGAGGGCUUAUUCACCGCUCUGUCCCAUGCUGACAUCACCUUCCGCAAGAUGGAGGGCUACUUGAGGAGUCGACAGUUGUGUGAUGUGACGCUGGUGGCUGGAGACAGACAGAUACCCGCGCACAGGCUGGUUCUCUCAUCUGUGUCUGACUACUUUGCGGCCAUGUUCACCAGCGAUGUGCGUGAGGCCAAACAGGAUGAGGUGAAGAUGGAGGGCGUUGACCCAGAUGCAUUGUGGACCCUGGUGCAAUAUGCGUACACAGGACGUCUCGAGUUGAGGGAGGACACCAUUGAGUCUUUGCUGUCCGCCUCUUGUCUGCUGCAGUUGUCUUCUGCUGUUCAGGCUUGUUGUUCCUUCCUCAUGAAGCAGCUCCAUCCCUCCAAUUGCCUCGGCAUUAGCUCCUACGCCAACGCGCAGGGCUGCCACGACCUGCAGAGAGCCGCUCACACCUACACCAUGGAACACUUUGUGGAGGUGAUUGGGGCCCAAGAGUUCAUGCUGCUUCCCGUGGAUGAGAUGGAGAGGUUGCUCAUGUCUGAUGAUAUCAACGUUCCGGACGAGGAGACGGUUGUAACCGCUUUGCUGACGUGGGUGACUCACGACGUGGCCGCCCGACAACGUCACCUUCCGUCGCUUCUCGCUCACGUCCGACUGCCGUUGCUCCAGCCGCAGUUCUUAGCAGACCUGGAGACCAGGCCCAUGCUCCGAGACAGCGUGGACUGCCAGCGGCUGUUGAUGGAGGGAAUGAAGUACCAUCUCUUGCCCCAGUGUCGGCCCCUGCUUCAAAGCCCGCGCACUCGCCCCCGCAAGGCUACUGUUGGGGCCAUGUUUGCUGUGGGCGGAAUGGACGCUACAAAAGGUGCUACAAGUAUUGAGCAAUACUGUCUACGGCGGGACAAAUGGAAGCAGGUGGCUACCAUGAGCGGUCGGAGGCUUCAAUUUGGCGUGGCCGUCCUGGAUGGCCGCCUCUAUGUGGUGGGGGGGCGAGAUGGACUCAAGACCCUCAACACGGUGGAGUGUUACAACCCUCAGUGCAAGACAUGGAGUGUCAUGCCACCCAUAUCCACACACAGACAUGGCCUAGGUGUAGCCGUCAUCCUUGAAGGGCCGAUGUACGCAGUAGGGGGACAUGACGGUUGGAGCUACCUCAGCACAGUAGAAAGGUGGGACCCUCAAGCCCGCCAAUGGAGCUUUGUUGCCAGUAUGGCCACACCCAGAAGCACUGUAGGAGUGGCAGUACUCAAUAACAAAUUAUAUGCAGUCGGAGGUCGUGAUGGUUCCUCCUGCUUGCGUUCAGUGGAGUGUUUUGACCCUCACACCAACAGAUGGAACGAUUGUGCCCCCAUGGCAAAACGGCGAGGCGGUGUGGGCGUGGCCACCUGGCACGGCUUCCUGUACGCCAUCGGCGGUCACGAUGCUCCUGCAUCAUCUCUGGCCUCUCGGCUAAGUGACUGUGUGGAGAGGUAUGAUCCUCAGACUGAUGUGUGGACAACAGUGGCACCCAUGAGUAUCAGCAGAGAUGCAGUGGGCGUCUGUCUUCUUGGCGACCUUCUGUAUGCUGUCGGGGGCUACGAUGGACAAAUGUAUCUCAACACUGUGGAGGCUUAUGACCCUCAGACCAAUGAGUGGUCUCAGGUGGCGCCGCUGUGUCUGGGCCGGGCUGGAGCGAGUGUAGUGGUGGUCAAAAUGUGAGAACAUAACACAACUUAGGCCCAGCAAGCUGCAAGGACCAAAGCCAACUAGAAGUGCGAGGGGACUUUUACAAUGUGAACAAUAAUUCCUCAUCUCUUCCAGCAGUGACAGCCAUGAUCCAAAGCAUUCGACUGGCCUUGUUUGAGUAACACAGCUCAACUCCCUAUUUUACAGGAAACACACUUGCACUGUUCUGCUGACAGAUUCGUGAGGGGCUGUCAAAAAGGUUACACUCUUGAUUUGUAACAAACAUUUUAAUGUAUUGUUUGGCAAAGAGCUUUCCUCUCUUACGACUAACAUAAAACAACUUCUGACAUAAUCAGCACAACCUGAAGGAACUAUAAAACUCUCUGCCUGCUGCUGUAUUUCUUCUACAUUGUAACAGCUCACAUAAAAAACAAAGUUUCUGUAUUGUUAUUGAAAAAUAAAUUGUCAAGAGUGUUUCAGCACAAGCCCUUUUAUGUGAUCCAAAAAAAUACUAAAAUGGAUCAUGUAUUGUUGCCAUAGCACUCAUGACAAAUUAAUGCUGAAGCGGUGAAAAGCUGUGAUUUUUAUUUUCUUUUACAUGAAACAAAAAAUGUUUUGCCAAGCAAUUAAUGACAAAGAAAAGAGCAUUCAGCAUUUUAUCCAAUCAUCCAAGUAAAUAUAUGUUUCAUAUCCUGUAUGGCCCCCAUAUUUUUCCAUCCAUUUUCCAAGUCACACCGCAGGCAUCUACUGAAUUAAAAUGUUCUCCUCAUACUACCACUUAGUUUUUUCAAAAUGACAUUUUUCAACCUAAUGUGUUUCUUUGAACAUUACAAUUUUGAGUAAAAUUGUCACUCAAAUGAGGAAAAUAAACAUUUGCUCAAACUACAUUGUUUAAUAUGUACAAAAAUGGUUAUUAUUGCACUAUAAUCUGUGAUUAUUUUUGUACCACAACAGUUGUGAUGACUACAGCGACUUUUUUUUAUACCAUAUAAGGCACCUCCAUCAAUGAUGUAUGUACACAUGUAUGUAUGCUUUAACGUGCUCUUGUGGCUUUUAUACAAUAAAAGUUGAGCAGCAAGUACA